AAUUCCAUCUAGUACCACUCAGUUUUUGCAAAUUCCAUUUGAUACCCAAAUUUUAAGAAUUGUCCAACUAAUACCACUAUAAUUACACCUUAAUUACUACCAUGACUCUACUGUUAACAAAAAGUUAGAAAACAUUAUGUUAGUUAGGUUAUGUUGAGUUAGAUCCCUUAAAAUAAAAAAGUAAUAAAAGCUAAUUACUAACCUAACUAUGUAAACCCAUUCAAUUUCCUCCCUACUGCUAUUGCUCAAAAUACAAAGCAAAACAAAACAAAACCAAAACCUAUAUUCUUCGUUGCUCUGCUUUCAUGGUUGGUCUUCGACAAUUCUACUCCACCACCGAAGGUUGAUCGAGAUUUGCUCUGGGACAAUUCUACACUACCAUCUAAUGGGGGUUGAUGAAAAGGUUUUGAGGUUUCAAUAUAAUGGAAACCAUGUUGAUGUUGCUGUUGAUAUGGAUAGAAGUAAUUUGCUGGAUGUAAUAAUUGAUUACGAGGAUGAAGCAACGAAACUUGGGUAUGAGACUGCUAGGAACCCCGAUUUCAACUAUGUGUGGCAAAUGAAGCAUUGGCCAUUGAAACAAGACAAAGACUUGAUGGUAAUGUUUGAAAGGCUUCCCAAUCAUCAGAUGAUAUACAUUUGGGUAGGGACUCAAUCUAAACCUAGUGCAUUGAAUAAAUUGGUUGUGGAUCUUAGGAAGAUACAGGACAAUGCAAAUGGUUCCCUUGAAGUGAUUUAUAAUGGUUCUACUGAGGUUAGUGAUCAUGUAGGAAAGCCUAAGAAACUUCCUGUGAGAAGGAAUGUCAGGACGAAGCAACUCAAGGAAGUGACUGAAUCUUCUGUUGUGGUGGAAAAUCAAGUCAGUGAAGUCAUUAAGGAAAAGAACAGUGCUACGAAAGUGACUGAUGAUGUAAAUGAUGAUCUGAAUAAUGAUAGAAUUGAGACACACAUCAAGACAUUUGUUUUCACUGGAAUGGAUGGACUGGACAUUGAGCUAGCCUAUCAACCAUGUAUUUUGAGAUAGUCAUGAUUGUUAUCAUCAUAAUGAGAAUAACACAAGCUGCUUGCAGUUCCUUCUCCAAUUGGCGGUGUUCU